AAAACCAACCCCAAAUCCACAUCAAAAUAACAUAUUUUUGAAGCGGUUGUGCAACAGGGUUUGACUGGGGGGCUGUACCCGUUCUGGGCAGCAGGUUUGGCCACAUCCUGAGAGGUAUGUUUGAAAUUUGCUGACGAGGAGUCUGGUAGAGGCACUUUGUUCCCAUUUUAAUUUUACUACACUACUACUUGGCCUUAAACCAACUGAAGCAGCAUCUUUUAUUUGGUGCAAAUGCUGAAUCUGCAGUUUUUAUCAGGAUUUGGGCUUUAUCAGCUGUUGGGUAACUUGAUCUGUUCAGGGUCUUGUGUUGCUGCGAUGUUACUGGGAUUGGGAAGCUCGAGGCUUGGGUGUGAGACAUGUUUAAAAACAAAUCUUGAACUUGUUAAUCUGUUCGUGAAGAGCAGCGAUAAGGAGCCAGUUGGACACAGACCCUUCUUGUAAGACAUGGUCACAGAAAACCAAAGGGACAAUAGGAUAAUUCACUUAGGGUGAAUUAAUGCACCCUAACACAGGCAUAGGAGGAAGGUGCUGCCCUACAGCUCUUUGCACUUAUUUAUUUGGGGUCUGUGGUGGGGAACUUGCAGUCUGAAGGUCUCUUCCAAGCUGGUAAGAUGUGACAACGGCUUGUGGAAAGGCUGCGCAGGAGACCCUGUAAACAGGAAAAGAGUAAACGUGGUAAAUGUUCAAUUUCUACAGGAAACACGCUGUGCUGAUUAGCAGCUGUCGGUGGGACCGGAGAGCCGCUUGGGAAGGUGCCGGCCUUGGGUGAGAAUUGCUGCAAAAUGAAACCGCAGCUGGGGAGAGAAUGGGAGUUUAACUGGAAAUUGUGCCUCAGUUUUAUGAGGCUUUCAGCUGGGCGCCCAGAGGGGGCUCCUGGAGGUGCAAGCGGAUGGGCAGGCGGAGAGGGAAACCCGAAUAAGUUGCAUUUGCAGCGGUAUAAAGCAAGAACAUCUCCUCCCAGUUCCCAGAAGUAUGACACCAUCCUGAAAAGAGAAAACAUGUUCUUAUGUGGGCAGACUGCAGAUGAGUUGUUUGCACGUCUUUCACUGUGAUUUUUAUUUAUUUAUUUAACCAAUGCUCGCAGACUCCUUGGCCCUGAUUUCUCCUGCCCCCUGCCACCUUAUUGUUGUUCUUUAAAAAAGGGCAGGUGAGACCGUACAGGCUGUGUCCCACAGAGCUAUUGCCAGGGUGGCUGGGGGUGUCUUGCCUGCUUGGCUCAGUCUGAUCUGUGAAACAAGAUGAAAGGAAACCUCCUCUCUGCUGUCUGAGAUGGCAGUCGCUCUUGAAAAAGCCAGACUCAUUCCUCUGGUAAUGUGGUGUGUACCUGGGAUUUGGAGAGGUCAGCAAAGAGUAGUUAAUGAUUGACCCUCUCAUGAAACCUACAGCACUUAAUUUGGGAGAAAGGCUGACUUUUAAAUGUUCCGGUAACAACCUGAACAAAUCCCAGCGAUGAGCUUGACAUAAAUGAUUACCAAGGCAGCCUUCCUCUCACCUAAGCUGUCAUGCUUUAAAUAGUAACUUGAACUACUAAUUGGGCAGUAGAAAUCCUGCUGCUUGUAGGGGGAGAGCUGUAAAAACAGGCAGUAUGUUCUUGUAAUUGCUGAUAAAAGACUUGCAGCUUCUCCUGGCUUGACAGUGAGGCAGCAGCGAGUGCACGUGGGCCGAGCCUGGGCUGCUGCUGUACCCGGGUGGCACUCGUGCGCGUCAGACCUGGCGUGUUUGCACGCGGGUGGACUUGGCAGGAGAAUUUGGGGAGGCACAGAGACAGCCCUUCCCCAAAGCACUGCUGCAGAUGGAGACAGGCACGUAGGAGACUUUCAGCAGCGCACCGUGCACUGAUCUGGAACAGGAUCCGAGCUGUGAUUGAGGGAAAGCUGCUGUUUGCUAUAACCAGGUGCAUUGGGUAGGAAACACAACCGGCAGCCCUGAGCAGGAGAAUGGCACAGCUUCGGAGCACAAAUGGCCUUCCUGCAACGCCCAGGACGAAAUGCUCAACUUGGCCUUCACCAUCGGGUCAUUCUUGCUCAGCGCGAUCACACUCCCCCUGGGGAUUGUUAUGGACAAGUAUGGCCCUCGCAAGCUGCGGCUGCUCGGCAGUGCUUGCUUUGCUGUGUCCUGUGUGCUGAUUGCGUACGGCGCCAGUAACCCAGACUCUCUGUCUGUGCUGAUAUUCAUUGCACUGGCUCUCAAUGGCUUUGGUGGGAUGUGCAUGACCUUCACAUCGCUUACGCUGCCCAACAUGUUCGGUGACCUUCGUUCCACGUUCAUUGCUCUGAUGAUUGGCUCCUAUGCUUCCUCUGCUGUGACUUUUCCAGGAAUCAAGGUUAUAUAUGACUUUGGGGUCUCCUUCAUCCUUAUUCUGCUUGUCUGGGCAAGCUGUGCAGGACUAGUAUUCCUCAACUGCUUCUUCAAUUGGCCACUGGAGCCUUUCCCAGGACCAGAAGACAUGGACUAUUCGGUGAAAAUAAAGUUCAGCUGGCUGGGAUUUGACCACAAAAUCACCGGGAAGCAGUUUUACAAGCAAGUAACAACUGUGGGACGCCGUCUCAGUGUGGGGAGCUCCAUGAAGGGCCCCAAGGAGCCGGCAGCCUUGCAAGAGAACAAUAAGCUCUGUCUGUCUACGGUGGACCUAGAAGUGAAGUGCCAGCCUGACAACACAGCUUCUCCCUCCUUCAUGAAGAGUGUCUUCAGUCCUAUCUUGCUGCUCAGCCUUAUCACCAUGUGUGUCACGCAGCUGCGGCUCAUCUUCUACAUGGGGGCCAUGAAUACCAUCCUUGAGUUUCUCUCUGGAGAUGAAGAUCAAGUGGCUCUCUACACUUCCAUUUUUGGGGUAUUGCAACUGCUGUGCUUGCUGACAGCACCUGUGAUCGGGUACAUCAUGGACUGGCGACUGAAAGAAUGCGACGAUGGCUCUGAAGAGAAUGAGGAGAACAACGCUGAGCAAAGUGACAAGAAAAAGAAAAAGCGUGAUCGCCAGAUCCAGAAAAUCACCAACGCCACCAAUGCCUUUGUAUUCACAAAUGUCCUGCUGGUUGGAUUUGGAAUCACCUGUCUUAUUCCUAAUCUACCGUUGCAGAUUCUUUCCUUCAUUUUGCACACAAUCGUGAGAGGAUUCAUCCACUCGGCUGUGGGAGGCCUCUAUGCAGCUGUAUACCCCUCCACUCAGUUUGGCAGCUUGACAGGGUUGCAGUCGUUGAUCAGCGCCCUCUUUGCCCUUCUGCAACAGCCUCUUUUCAUGGCAUUGACGGGACCUUUGGAAGGAGACCCUCUCUGGGUGAACGUUGGCUUGCUUGCCAUGAGCUUCCUGGGUUUCUGCCUUCCAAUCUACUUGGUCUGUUACAGACGCAGGCUAGAGAGAGAAAAAAAACAGAAGAUGGAUGAUGCCAAACUUUUCUUCAAAAUCAAUGGCACUCCCAACGAGGAAGCCUUUGUUUAAACUGGUGCUUCAAAUACAACCUCCCCUGUACAUGUUCCUACCACAUCCGUGGGCUCUACCUGUGGUCUAAGCCAGGCUUCUUGUCUCCUGGCUCUGCCAGUCUCUGCUCGUCACUGGAGUGAGGACUGAACAUCAUGACUGAGCUUUUCUCAGAUGUACGGCAGGAGGAGACUUCCCACUCCUUUCUCCAGAACACAGGACAGUUUUCCUUUUUAGAAAGGCCACACAGAUAUUGUGUCUUAAAUUAUCCCCUGAUCGCACUCUCCAGUGGUAGAGCCUCUGCAUAGGAAAUUAAGGAGAGAAGGAAUAGAGGCGUGAGGGAAGAGGGAAGAAAGACCAUAAUUUGAGUUGGCAAAUGUAACACACUGGAGUGUUUUCUUCCUCUCUUCCCCCAGCCUUGGCUGACAUUGUCUCAGAUGCAAGCUGCACUCUCCCUCACUGAGGCUUCAUAAUGGUCUUUCUGCUUGAUGUGUAGCUGGACCCAGUGGUUUUAACUGUCUGUCCAGACAUACCCCAGACUGUUUCUGAGGCAGGGAAGGGGUUUUUAUUCCUAUGUGUAUGAGCACAGCUUCAGUGUAUUGCUAAAUGUUGGCUGCUAGCACUGACAGCUCCCAAACCUUUUAUUACUGCAAAUGACACAGACUAUGAGCAAUGGAUCUGCCUUCCACACUGAAAUGAAGAGCCUAGUGGACUGCUUGUUCCUAGACCAAGUCUUCAAAGGCCUGGAAUUCUUCUUCCCAGCCUGAAAACCACCUGUAUGUGUUUUUAAACUGUCUGAAGUCCUGGAACCUUUGAGAUAGGAAUUGGAUCUUGUUUACCGAUGAAGUGCUUUGAGACUUGUUGCCUUUUGCCUCUUCUUCCCUCUGAUGUGACCCCAGGAGGGGAGCAGCAGCAUGUAUUUAGUAAAGUGGAAAAGCUCCUUGGAGCUGAGUUCUGGGGCUCAGAUACUUUGGUGUUUGUGUCAUGAGCUGACUUCUUGUUCAAAAGAAUCAAGAGUACAGAACACUCCUUUGUGUCUGGUAACUGGAUCCUGUGGAUACAUGGCAGGGUGAUGUGGUGAUGUCAUUCUUCCCCUAGCCAUAGCUUAUUUACAUUGUCCUGAUAAUAGCCCCCAAGCUGCUGAACACCAGGUUACUGUGACUGACCAAAAAGCUGCUGGUUUGGCUGUAUUAAGAGCCUUCUACAAUGUUCAUGCUCUGUCUGGACAGAGUACAUGGUGAUUGAUUGUAUGGUGAAGAUGACUUCCAGAGCAAUACAUGUGGGUAAAGGUGCCCCAGGCCUGUUUGGCAUGGAGGAAAUACAAAGGGAAUUCUUAACCUGCUUAUUUUUAUAGUGAUUUUCCUAAGUCUUGUCUAAAGUAGACAUUUCUGCCCUUAACCUUCUUGUUGAGGUCCGUAGCUCAGCCUCUGUAGUUUUGUGACUGGCAUUAACCAUUUGGACCUGCUCGGAGCAGGACUAUGCAGCGUUGAGGAUGAACAUCAGAGGGUGUUAAGCAGCGCCUGUGCUGGGCUGAGCUACUGGCUGCGGGAAGGUUGGGGGCAGAAAUAAAACAGUUAUGAAGAUGUUGUGGUGGUGCUUUCUGAACACUCAGCUCCUGCAUUACUGCAAAGCCUGGCAGGGGGUAAGUCAUUGGACUUCUUUAUAUCUGGUUGGAAAAGUACAAGACUUGCUCACUGCGCCGUUGGUUCUAAGCUGGGGAUUAGAAACAACAGUGCGCUCGGACCUUCCUCGGAGAAAUUACUUGGAAAUUGGCCAGGCCUUCACCUUUCUGGAGGAGCAAGCUUGGUGACCUUCUGUGCGGAGCCUUGGCUGGAAGCCCUGCGAGGUCCCUGGCUGGUGGCCUUGCCAGCACAGGGUGAGGAGGCAGCUUUGUGGGACAGCAGCGCCAUCUCCAGCCACCACCUCUGUCCAAGCUCCUGUGGGCAGUUCAGAUGCAACUGCACUGCAUGGUGGUACCUCUUAGUCUUCAGUCACUCAGUGGGACGUGACUUGCCACUUGAGUAUUUAACACAUCUGUGGAAUAUUUUUUAAUGUGUCGCCUUUAUUAAAUGUGUUUGUUCCAAGACAGCCUUCUUGCCUGCUGUCAACACUUUAAA